ACAGCCAGUUGCUAAUAGCUUUGAAGGUUGUAGCUGACUAGCUGGUACGAUCGAGCUGAGAUAUGGCCGCUCGAUUCCCCAAGAUGGCUGCACCGAUUGCACUCUUCGCCGUGCUUGUCACGUAUGCCUCUCGCGCCGAGGCGGUGAGCUACAACACCUCCGCCGUCCGCAAGUCACCGGCCGGCGGCUGGCUCCCCGCCAAGGCCACCUGGUACGGCGCUCCCAACGGCGCCGGCCCUGACGACAACGGUGGUGCGUGCGGGUUCAAGCACACGAACCAGUACCCGUUCAUGUCCAUGACGUCGUGCGGCAAUGAACCCCUGUUCAAGGACGGCAAGGGCUGCGGCUCCUGCUACCAGAUACGGUGCGUCAAUAGCAGUAACACUGCCUGCUCCGGCAAGGCAAAUAGGGUCAUCAUCACCGACAUGAACUACUACCCUGUCGCCAAGUACCACUUCGACCUCAGCGGCACGGCGUUCGGCGCCAUGGCCAAGCGCGGCCUCAACGACAAGCUCCGCCACGCCGGCAUCAUCGACAUCCAGUUCAGGAGGGUGCCCUGCAACUACAAGGGCCUGAACGUGAACUUCCGCGUCCAGGUGGGCUCGAACCCCAACUACUUCGCGGUGCUCGUGGAAUACGCGGGCAAGGACGGCGCCGUGGUGCAGGUGGACCUGAUGGAGUCCAAGAAGGGCGGCGGCAGUCCGACGGGCGUCUGGACGCCGAUGCGCGUGUCGUGGGGCGCCGUCUGGCGGCUGGACACCAACCGCCCGCUGCAGGCACCCUUCUCGCUGCGCAUCCGCAGCGACUCCGGCAAGACGCUGGUGGCCAACAACGUCAUCCCGGCCAACUGGAAGCCCAGCACCGACUACCGCUCAAACGUCCAGUUCCCUUAAUUGCACGCUACAAUCAUCCGAAAUCAUUGAUCCGAUUAAUAUUAAUUCUUUGGUGUUGUGUGUGAUUGAAAAUUCGCAAUGGAUUGGCAUUUGUAAUUACGUGUUGUCCUUGUACCUAUCUUGAGAUACGUGGGAAAUAGAGGAAGCAAGUAUUAUUAUCCAUGUGCUUUCCCGCCCACUACCACAAGUUUGUAAUACUAUCAUGCAGUGUGUAAGCAAAUCAAGUGCCCCCCCCAAAAAAGAAAAUCAAGUUGGUUGUUAAUAUUUA